AUGUCGAAAAGAGAAUCGAAGAAUACGGCGAAGAAUACAAGAAUUUGGAAGGCUUUGCGCUUGAUUAAAAACAACUGGAACUCAAACGAAUAUGUCAGCAAGAAGUUGCGAGCUCGUGCAUCGCUCAACAUGACGAAUCUCCCAAGUGACAUUGGCAACGUUGAAUUCAAUCCAUGGCCAGACGAUUUCUGGAUUACAAAUGACAUGUCCGAAAUAAACUUAAAGGCAGCUGCUUACGAAGUUGACCAUGACGAAGACGGUGAUUUCUCAAUGAUGCGUCCGUCGAUCAUGAACUCGCGUUCCGUCUUUUCUAUUUUGAAUACUGGCUCUCGAGAAGAAAAAGACCAAAAGUCAAAAGCUGCCCCGAAUUCGAACAUGACUUCGCUUGGCAACACGGUCUGUCUCAUAACUCCUGGAAGAUGCGCCGACUCAGUUACGAAAAUGCGACAGAACUGGAAAGAAAAGUCUGGUCUCUCGAUUGGCGAGAUUGAGUCGUUCAUGGCAGCGUCGAAUGAACUCGCUAACUGUGGACGCAAAAGAUUUUUCUCUUCGAUUCGGCCCUCGCGAAUUGCUGCACUCGAUUUGAACUAUCUCAACAUCGUCUUCCUUGUUGAUCGCAGUCCAGAGCCCUCUUCAUUCAUUCAACAGAACAAGUUGGAUCUUGAGCGAGAUCGAGUCGUCAUUCAAGCGGAGAGUUACCUCAAGUUGAGGUCCCAGCCAGAGAAAACAAUCAGGAUGAGCGAGUUGCCAACGAUUUCGAGAGAGGAAAAGUAUGUCCUCGACUAUCUGAAGAGCACUGGACGCAUGGAGACGUACCGACUAUUCGAGAGAAAAACGAUGAAGAAAUGGCUCUUGAAGUACAUGGUCGCAACAAAAAGAAAGGACACUUGGAUGGCAUUGAUGGAGCAUUCGGACGAAGAAAUGGACGAAGAAGAAGAAAUGAGAAAGGCGGACGAGGCCAGAGCAAAAAGAUCGAAGGUGCCGAAGAAUAUCAGCUGGCGUGAACUCGAGUCGACGUUGGCCUGCCCAUCCUGCGGUGCCCGAAUACCGAAGGACUUGGAGGGAAUGAACGCGCAUCUCGCCGCUUGUGAGUACUCCUUCUACUAG